CAUUCAUGGCUUCCCUUCCUCUUCCCACCCAAUCAAACCCUCUCUUGGGACCUCCAAAAUCCAUGAAAACCAAGAAUUCCACCCAAAUUCAUGAAGCCAAUCUCUCCAAAUCUCUUGGCAACGUCAAUGGUGGAGUCUGUAACACCUCCUUUCUCCACCAAAUCUCCUCACUUGCAAAGCAGGGGUUGAAUCAUGAAGCUUUCCGUAUUCUCAAUCAAAUGGAGGCUGAUGAAAUCCCUGUUGGCCCGGAGAUCUAUGGAGAGUUGCUGCAGGGUUGCGUUUAUGAGAGAGCUCUCCGAGAAGGUCAACAAAUUCAUGCCAGAAUCCUUAAAAAUGGUUCCUUUUUCAGUGAAAACGAGUACUUGGUGACAAAGCUGUUGGUUUUCUAUGCAAAGUGUAAUUGUUCUACGGAAGCCGGGGACUUGUUUGGCCGGCUACGCCGGCCGAAUGUUUUCUCUUGGGCGGCCAUGAUUGGAUUGAAUUGCAGGAAUGGUUUUCAUGAAAAUGCUCUGCUUGGGUUCUGUGAAAUGGUGGAAAUUGGUGUUUUUCCAGAUAAUUUUGUUGUUCCGAAUGCUUUGAAAUCCUGCUCGGCGCUUCAAUUGGUUGGAAUUGGGAGAGGGAUUCAUGGCUACGCCAUGAAGAUUGGUUUUGGCGAGUGUGUGUAUGUUCUUAGUAGUCUUGUGGAUUUCUAUGGGAAAUGUGGGGUUUUGGAGGACGCCCUGAAGGUGUUUGCUCAAAUCCCUGAGAGAAAUGUGGUUUCAUGGAAUUCAAUGCUUGUGAGUUUUCUUCAAAACGGUCUGGAUGAGGAGACAUUGCAGCUGUUUUCUGAGAUGAGAGUUGACGGUGUGCAGCCGACUCGAGUUAGUAUCACUAGCUUUUUAUCUGCAUCAGCCAACGUAGAGGCUGUAGAUGAAGGCAGGCAAGCUCAUGCAAUUGCGGUGACAAGUGGUUUGGAGCUUGAUAACAUUUUAGAACUUGGCAGGGUUGGUCAUGGCUUUUGCAUCAGAAAUAAUCUUGAUUCAGAUCUAUCGGUCAUGAGCGCUGUGAUAGAUUUGUAUUCAAGUUGCGGGAAGAUGGAGCUUGCGCAACGAGUCUUUGAUGUUGCAACCUCAAGAGAUUUGGUGGUGUGGAACACAUUGAUCUUUGCUUAUGCUCAGUAUGGCUUGAGUGGGGAAGCCCUGAAACAUUUCUAUCAAAUGCAGUUGCAUGGCCUUCAUCCAAAUGUAGUUUCAUGGAAUUCUAUUAUAUUAGGACUUUUACAGAACAGGCAGGUAAAAGAGGCCCUUGAUAUGUUCUCACAAAUGCAAUUCACCGGUGUGAAUCCCACCUUAAUUACAUGGACUACACUUAUCUUUGGCUUAGCUCUGAAUGGAUGUGGAUAUGAAGCAAUUUGGCUUUUUGGGCAGAUGUUAUCCAUGAACAUCAGACCAAGUGCCAUGGUUAUUGCCGGAGUUAUCCUAGCGUGUGCUCAUAUGGUUUCAAUAUGGUAUGGAAGGGUCAUCCAUGGGUACAUCAUGAAAAAAGGGUUCUUGUCAUCUGUAUCUGUUGCAGUGUCUCUGAUCGACAUGUAUGCUAAAUGUGGAAGCAUUGAUCUUGCAAAGAAAGUAUUCGAUAUGGUUUCAAACAAGGAGAUGCCCGUGUACAAUGCAAUGCUAUCUGGAUAUGCGUUGCACAGGCAAGCUAGAGAAGCUCUUGAAUUGUACCAAUAUAUGCAACAUUUCAGAACCAAGCCUGAUGAAAUCACCUUCACUGCUCUACUGUCAGCAUGUAGCCAUGCAGGGCUUGCUGAUGAAGCUGUAAAGGUUUUUACUGAAAUGAUCUCUAUUUACCAUAUAAAGCCGCAAAGAGAGCAUUAUGAUUGUAUGGUAAGUUUACUUGUAAAUCGUGGUAGCUUCGAAGAAGCAUGUCGGAUAAUCUCUGCAUUACCCUUCAAGCCUGAUGAUCAUGUGGUCAGAUCAUUACUUACUUUGUGCAAAGAACAUUAUAUGAUUAAAUUAGACGAAAAGGAUGUGCCAAGACACAAGUUCAUGGUGGAACCAGAGAACUCGGUGAAUUAUGUAUCGUUUGCAAAGAUACAUGCAGCCCAUGGAAGGUGGCAUGGAGCUUCAAGAAUAGCGACACUGAUGAGAAUGAAUGGGCUGAGAAAAGAUUGUGGAUCAAGUUAGAUUCAGAUUGGAAGUGAACUUCUUAUAUUUGCUGUGGAUGAUGAUACAUCAAAUGCACAUCUGCUGAUAAUCUUGAAGUCUUUGGAGUGCAGAUUACACUUGAAGUUGAAGAACUAAAAGUUGCAACCUCAGAUUUGGAUUGGCAUGUGAGUUUUUCGUUAAAAUAAUAAAGCAGCAUGAAUGAAUGAAAGAUUUGAACUUUGAAGGCAUGACAUGUGCUGGCCAACAAGGAAGCUAAAAGAAAUUCUCAUGGACGGAGUGAUUGGCUCUGCUCAGGCGUGCAGCGAGUAAGGUAGAUCCCAUCAUGCAUGUCUUCCCACGCAAUUUGUAAGGACAAAGACAACAAUAAUAAUAAAAGAAAAAGGACAGGAAGAUAUUGAGACAAGCUUUCUGUUUUUUUGG